AUGGCUUCAUAUAAUUAUGAGAAUAGAAAAGGAAGUGGUAAAAAAUUGAAAGUACAUUUUGAUCUUCCUAAGGAUGGAGAAAAUCCAAUUGAUCAUCACAAAAAGCAUUCAAGUGCUUCAAUUUCAUCACAAACUUCACUAGAUUCAGAUGAUAACAUAGAAAAUUUGGAAGAAUCUAGUAAUGUUGGUGGUAGUUCACCUGCUUGGAGUUUUCAUAGUGGAACAUUUAUGCAAUCUCCUACACCUCAGUCAAUGAGUCCUAACCCUAACCCUAAUUUUGAAUAUGAUCCAAGUAGAAUACCAUCUUCUGUUUUUGCUUCUAAACCUACAAGUCCCAUGGAAUGGAGUGUUCAAUCAAAUGAAUCAUUGUUUAGUCUUCAUUUGGGAAACUACAGUUUCUCAAAGGAUCAAUUUUUUGCAUUCAGUAGUAAAUCAGGUGAAUUUCCAAAGAAUAGUGAUUUUAUCGGCACAUCGACGACAUUGCCACCAGUUCAAGAGGUGAAUCAUAAUAAUGACAAAAAUGAAGUGGGUAAGGAGAGACAUUCUAUGUCGCCGGACUCGUCUUAUGGCUCAAUAGAUGCAUUAGAUGAAACGACAAAUUUGCCUUUGGGGAAGGACAAUAUUAAAACAUCAAAAGAAAAAAUAGAUUUAGUUUUGAAGGACGAUGACCAUGAUAAAACCAAAACAUCGACAAAUGUCAAUACAAAUACAUUGGACAAAAUUCAUGAAGAUCAUAAUAAAGCGGUGGUGGUUCCUAGUGAAGAACCUAAGAAUUAUGCGACCAAUGUCUCGUACCGUUCAGUCGAAAGCGAUAUGAGCAACCAUUCAUUUCAAUUUCCUAUGUGA